AUGAGUGAUUAUGGUCCUUUGGGUAUUACUAACUUCAUUACCCCGUACGACCUAUGUAUAUUGAUCCUUAUACAUGUACAUUGCUCGCAAGAUAACGGCAUAGCGGUGCCCACAGAAGUCUUUCUUCGAUUGAUAUCACCCACGAGGCCAUCAAUAGAAUGGAACCCUCUACUCAAGGACAAUAGUAAUCUUCGGCCUGCUUCUGCUGUUCUACCUCCUAUACUGCCUAUACUGGAACACGUAAUAAGGAUAUUGCUGGAUGAAAAGAACAAUAACAAAGUGGCCCUGACACUAAUGGGCUAUUUAGAAGCCAUUGAUGGGUUGGAUUCAAUCAAUAGAUUGAUGAUGGAUUUAGAGAAGAACUGUUUGGUCAAUAAUCAUAGGUCGAUGAAAAUGCGUACAACAAUAACAAGAAGACAAAUUACAAAGGCAAGUUUUUUAGGGACAUUUUUAUCAACAUGUUUACGGAAGUACCAAUUUGGAGAUUUUGAGAUGAGAGAGACAAUUUGGAUGAAUUUGGAGAGUUUCAAAUCUGUUUUUAAAAAGACUUCAUUGUGGCUGAAAUUUAAGGAUAGCAUUCAUGUUCAAAAAAUAAAACAGUGUCUUUUGGCCGACACUGAAACUUCUACGGAGGAUCAAGAUAUGAUGGAAUUCUUUCAGCAUUUCAAUGGAAGUGGUGAUGUCAAUUCAAAGACCAUGAACGAGGAGGUGUAUGGAACUUUAAUUUCUAUCCAACAUUUGCAAUCAAUCGUUAACUGGCAGAUCAUGAAUUGGUUGGAUAAUAUAGAUGAUGGUGAAACGCCAUAUAAAGAGCAAUACCAACUGGUUUUCGGUUUAUUAAAUACGCUUUCGUUAAAUGAUGCUACAAGAUUUCCAUUGGUAUUCAUUCUGAAAUAUCUGAAGGCUAUCAAAGAGAAUAGUUACCAAAUUGCCUUAGAUUCAUUGCACAAUUAUUUCGAUUACAAAUCAACAGGUAAUUCACAAAACUACUUUCAUAUUUCUCUUCUGUGUCUUGCAACAUUCCAUUCAAGUUUCAAUGAGUGUGAUGCAGCCAUCAAUUCUUUUGAAGAAGCUACGAGAAUUGCGAGAGAAAAUAAAGACAUGGAAACAUUGAACUUGAUUAUGAUUUGGAUAAUAAACUUUAUAGAGGUUCAUCCGGAAUAUGCCAAUAGGUUCUAUAUCACUGUGGAACAGAUCAUAAAAUAUCUGAAAAAUAGUUCUGAUGUAGAAGAUGCCAACAUUUUCAGUAAUGCCUAUAAAUUUGAAACAUUAUUAUCCAUAGUAAAGGAAUCCAAGACGAUUGACGUUUCCAACUCACUUUUGAAAUUUAUGGCUAUAUCGCUGCAGAACGUGCCGUCUCAAAACAUCGAUCUUUUCCAAAGUCUGCUUGGGUAUGAAAUAAAAUUCUGGAAAGAACUGGGCUAUGGCUCCAUAUCGGAUGUGUAUGAAAAAUUUGUUUUGCAAACUUCUUCUUCAUCUUUGAGGAAUCAUGACGAUUAUAUCAUAAACCGAGAAAUAAAAACAGCAUUCAAAUCACUUGAGGAGGAGGAUUUUUCAAAAGUCAAGCAAUGUCUUUUGAAAUCAGAAUCACCUAAACUUGAUUACGAACAGAAAACAAAGCUGAAAUACUUAAAAGUAAAGUACUUGACACGAAUAGGUGAUUACGACCAAAGUAUGCAAUCGAUCAACCAGUACAUUAAAGAUUGUUGUGAGGAGGUCAUGGAUUCGAAUUGGAGGUUCAAAUUCGAAAUCGAAAGUGUCGAAGUUUUGCUUUUGAAUAAUGUAGGAUUAAGAGGUUUACCGAAGGUAAUGCUAUUAAUCGAUAAAUACAAAGAGAUAGGAAAUCCUUUACGGUGCAUGAUAUUGUUGAUCAAAUUGUGUGAGAUUCUCAUCCAAGUAGGGAAAAGUAGAGAAGCCAAAUCUUUGGUCGACUGUAACUUGUUCGGCCUAUUAGAAUUCCCACUUGUGAGAGGGCAGGUAAACAAACUACUAAAGUUUUUUAGCGUAGAAGAGGAUAGGGACAUUCAAAUGAAUUGA